AAAAAUAAAAAUAAAAAUAAAAAUAAAAAAGCUGGAGGAAACCGUGCAGCCCAGAACUUCGACGCUUUCUCCUCUUCGAACCAAUCCGAGCUUCUUCAUAUCCAUCCAUCACUUGAAUUCGUUUCUCAGGACAGAUCCUUUAGUUAUUUCUUUCUGCUCCUUCUUCGAUUCCAUCCAUCACCCACCACAACAUCCGAUCUGCCCCUCCCCUCCUGUUAGAUUUUAGAUUCUCACCAUAUCUAGGGUUUCCAAGGAGCCCCGAGGUGGUUGGUUGAUUCUUAGUUAUGACCUCUAACACGACAGGAGAUCGAAGUAGAUGGGGUACUACAAGAAGAAGUGGCAUGACUAUAUUGGGAAAGGUUGCUGUUCCAAAACCCAUUAACUUACCAAGUCAAAGGUUAGAGAAUCAAGGCCUUGACCCUAAUGUCGAAAUCGUUCCAAAAGGAACCCUUAGCUGGGGAAGUAAAUCGUCUCUGAAUGCGUGGGGGACAUCAUCGUUGUCACCACGAACUGAAAGUGGUCCUGGUUCGCCAAGCCACCUCAGCAAUCGCCCUUCUACUGGUGGAAGUGUCACUCGACCUUCAACUGCUGAUAGUGACAAAGCGCAUGAUUCUUCUUCUAUUGCUUGGGAUUCGAACUCCCGGCCUUCAUCAGCAUCCGGGGUGUUCCCAGCUAAUCAGGCAUCAGUUGGACUACAACGUCCACACAGUGCAGACACAAGACCUGGAAGCUCGCACUUGUCCCGAUUUGCUGAACCCGUGUCAGAGACUUCUGCAACAUGGGGUCAGCAUGGAGAUGUUCCAACGAAAAAGGAUGGGUUUUCUUUGACUUCUGGAGAUUUUCCUUCCCUUGGUGCUGAAAAAGAAAGUUCUGAGAAGAGCACUAUGCCACAAGAUGCCGCUCGUCCUGCUUCUUCGUCGGGAAGAUCUGUAGAAGAACGAGAAGCUAAUGUACGGAUUGGAGAUGACAAUGCCUGGAGAAGAGAUAAUCAACCCUACAGUGAAGACGCACCUGGACAUUGUAGAGUGGAAGGGCAACUGGACUCCCGUUGUUCACAAUCUUAUCCUAAUGCUAAUUUUCCUCAUCAGUAUGAUGGUUGGCGUGGUCCUCCAGUAAAUAAUCAUCAUGGUGGUGGCUGGUACAGAGGGAACCACCCAUACGGUGCCCCAAUGGGUCCUGGGGGUUUUCCUGUAGAUCCUUUUCCAUUUUAUCCUCCGCAAGUUCCCCCUAUUCCUGGGCACGAGGCUGGUCCUAGGGGUAAUCACCCUGCUAAUGGACAAAUGUUCAGGCCUCCACUACUUGAUUCUUAUGUCCACCCAAGGAUGCAGACUAGGCCUGGGUUUUAUCUUGGUCCAGUGCCACAUGAAAGCUACUAUGGUCCUCCCAUGGGGUACGGAAACAGAGAUCUACCUUUUGGGGGUAGGCCUGCGGGUCCUCAUGCUUAUAGCCAGCAUUCUGGUCAAGGUGGAUAUGAUAAGUCUGGAAGUUCAGUGGCUUUGGAACAGAAUGAGCCAUCACAUCCUCCCGAAAGACAAAGGCAAUACAAGGUUCUCUUAAGGCCCCAAGAUGGUAGGUAUGGGGAAGAUGAAGCAAAGCGGGAAGGAUUACUAGGAAAUAGGCUCCCGAAUGCAGAGAAUGUAGCCCAACAGAUGCAAACUUCCAAAAUCAACAGGAGAGAAAACAGAAAUGAGGCAAGUGACCAGGUACAACCUAUUAAGGCAGAGAAUGCUGCCCCUGAAGAUCCCAGUUUGAUUCAGAAAAUAGAGGGCUUGAAUUCAAAAACUAGAAGUAAUGAUGGUUGGCAAAAUGCUUCAUCUGUCGUCAAUAGAGAUCAGCAGGAAAGCAAAACUCGUACACUCAAUUCUGGGGAUUAUGUAAAUAAAGUUCCAGCAAGAAUGCCUCGAACUGGUCAUGCAAGUGAUAGUACGAACUCUUUACACUAUAAACAAGGUGAUCCUGCCACCAACAAAAACGCUGAGCUGAUAGCUAUUAGUGGAACUUCUAUAUCCAGUUGCUGCAGGAGAUCUACUCAACAGACUCAAGGCAGAGCAGAUCAUCAGCCCCAACAAAGAGUGAACAAUGAAAGCAAUGAUGGUUGGCGGAAGACGACUGUUAUCUCAGGUUCCUCCCCUGCAACUUUGUCUUCAAACUCAGAAAGCUUUGCUGAGGUAAAUGUAGGUGACUUUGUGGAUACUGGUUCCGUUGGGAAGCCUGUGUCUGCAAUAUCUGUAGACCAAAACGACAACCAGCGUACUACGAUGAGAGAGUUAGCCAGGCAGCGUGCACAACAGAGGCAGAAAGAGGAGGAAGAAAGAGCAAGAGAUCAGCGGGCUAAGGCUCUUGCAAAACUGGAAGAGUUGAAUAGACGUUCCCAAGUAGCUGAGGAGGGUUCCAAGAACUUGGAAGCUGCAUCUGAUGCUUCCAUCCCGGGCAUACCAGAAGUUCCUCGGUCUCUUUCACCUGCACGUAUGGCUGCAAAGUCUACCGAAUCUACUGAAGAAUCAGGAAAACCCUCAAUGCAAAACUUGAUGACUUCAACAGAAGAUGCAGAUUAUGUGGACCCUAAACAGCAGGAUAAUCUUCCACGCCACCGUGAUGGCUCAAAACAGAAGCGCUUGGGUUAUAAGCAGAAGCAACAUAUCGUAUUUGAGAAAAAAAUGGCAGGGAAUACUCUCUCUGAAGCUACUACAGAGGUGUUCGAUGUUGUUCCAUCUCCUGAGGCGUCAAACCAAGGUGUAAUAAGUCAAAACUCAGACAUGCCAGCAACGUCAAGCGUUUCAACUGAGCAAGCUUUCACGAAAAGAAAGAAUAACAGGAACGGUAAGAAAAAGCACAAGGUUGAGGAGACCAAAUUAAUAAACACGACAAGAGCUGCCGUUGGAAAAGAAACAAAAUCGGGAGAUGAGUCAAUUGAGAUUGGUAGAGUCAGGGCAGCGGAAAUUAAGUUUGGGUCUUUUCCAGUGGAUAUUAAAGUGUCUGGUAAUUCGUCUGACCAAAUCAGUUCCUCCACGAACGAAGAGUCCCAAAGCAGAGCAAAAACCAACUCGAAAUCUCAACAGUUUCGCAAGACUCCAAGAAACUCACUGGUAAAUAAGCCUGCAGAUAAAUUUCAUGGUAACAGUACUGUUAUUUGGGCUCCGGUACAUCCACAGCAGAAGCCUGAUAUCUCCACAGGUGUAGGGAGUCAGAGUACUGUUCCUGAGUCUAGCACCUCUUCGAAGAGUCUGCAUCAAGGGCAGACUAGUUCUAGAAGCAAAAGAGUGGAGCUGGAGAGAUAUGUAGCAAAGCCCAUAGUAAAGGAAAUAGCUGAGAAAAUGGUCAGUCAAGAACCAAUAACCGCUGCUCCAAAAAUGGCAGAGAAUGUUUUGCACAAAGAAAAUUUUGGAGGUGAAGGUGCAGGAAUUCUCCAACCUCCUGGUUCAACUGCGGGUAAAUCUGGGUCUCCUUUAAAGUCAAGACAUGGGAAUGGUAAGCAGGGCAAGCAUGGUAGAGAUCAUGGAUCAUGGAACCAGCGAGGUUCUGCAGUAUCGACUAAAGCUUUGGAGGAUGGACAAUUUGGAACUUCAAACCAGCCCAUUCGAGAAACAGUGAACUAUCAUUCAAGUAAUCAAACUGGAGAAACUGCUGUAGACUCUUCUAAGGAUCGAACCGCAUCCAAUGCUGUUGGAUGGAACGAUGGCUGGUAUAUGACUCCUGAAACGCAUCACUCUGCUGCUGCUGCUGCUGCUGCUGCUGCUGCUGAGGAAAUGGAAGCAAGUGCUCCUCGAACCAACACUGUUGGAAAAGAUCACGGUAAGCAGCAGGGUUACAGAAGUAACUAUGGUGACUCUAAAAAGGCGAAUACAAGAGAUUCCAGUAAAGCUCAUAUGCAGCAGUCUGGCCAUGAGUCAGGUCAACAAGAUCUGCAUGUUGGUUCGAAUGAAAUUCGUGGUCAGUCUGGUGGUGGUCGUCAAUAUUCGAGGGACAGAACUUAUGCAUCUCAGAAAAGGGAUGGUGGAUACGAGCAGCAGGGGUUUACUCCAGAACAGAAAAUGAACUCAGCUGAUACACCAAACCAUUCUCAAAACCGAUCUGCCAGUCAGGAGGUCCAGGGUGGGCAUAAUCCGAAUAGUAUGUUCCAAACGAACACAGGCCAGAAUCGACGGUUUGGAAGAGGACAGGAGCCACACGGAGGUUGGGGUUCGUCGAUGCAAGAGAACAUGCACCAUCACCAUCAGAGGCCACUUUCAAACAGAGGUAGACAGAAGCCAAAUCUGCAUUACGAGUACAAGCCUGUUGGGUCACAUGCUUAUGAAGGAGAACAUAGUCGAGAACAAUUGAAAGAGAGUUCAGAAGGUCCAAGAUACAGGGAGAAGGGGCAGGGAAACCAGAGGCAUGAUGGACAAAAGUCGUACCAACAGCAAAGGGGUUAGUGCUGGGAGAAACACCGGUCGAUAACAGAAACUGAGAUUGUCCUGUUUGUGAUUAGGUAGCUGAGCUGUGUUGGCGAGGCUUUGCCAAAGGAGUAGCAUCUGAUGAGGACGUAUUUGGCAACGAAGUCUUUACUCUGGAAGGGUUUUUAUGUAUUUCAGUGAAUUAUUUGAUCAUGGAUCUUAACUUUAGCAUUUUGUAUUACAUUUGGUGGCAGGUUAGACUUUACCUGUUCUGUUAAGCCUUUGCUCUGUUGCUUGUUUUUUUCUUUGUUUUCGGAGUGUGGGAAUCAUCUUAUCUAACAUGAACUUUUUCUUUUUA